AUGCCCCGCAAACGCCGGCGGAUACGAGGACAGAGUGCCAUGGCUUCAGACCCUCCCCAGCUCACCUGGCCCAUUGGCCGGGUCCCAGUUGAGAUCUUUGACGAAAUCACCACCUACCUUUCGCGACCGGAUGUUAAGAACCUCCGCUUGGUCAACCACGAGUUUGACAAGAUGAUUUCAUCCAAGUACUUCCGCAACGUUGUGGUUCCUUUCCGAUCCGAGAUGUACAAGGCGAGAAAGCAGAAGUACCUGGACGAUGGAGGUCAAGGCCAGCCUCAACUUGGAAAGGAUACCCUCUUCUCCAGUGGCAUGCGUAUCUUCCAGUCUUUCGGCGAGCAUAUUCUUCGAUUUGCCUUGUCGCUUGAGCUGGAUGAGGAGAGCCUCGCCUACCCUCCCAUCAAGCCGACCCAGCAAGCCGUUACCUCGUACUGGGGUAUCUACCGCUGGCCUCAUGAGUCGUAUAACCGAUAUGCGGAGCUUGAGGGGCUUGAGCAGACUGCCGAUGAGACAGCGUCCAUGACAGAGGCCUUGAAGUGCCUGGUUCAGGUUCAGGAGCUUGGGCUGUGUUGCGAUGCCGGGCUGGGCUACCUUCUGGGACCCGACCAGCAGUUGGAGAGCCCUCCUCUGCCUCACCCGGUCUUUGGCCUUCGCAAUCUGCGAUACCGAAACCUGCAGCGACGCCUAGCGCGAGCCGACUCGGACUCUAUGAACGCCCGAAAGCUCGCCUUCGAGAGUCCUCGAGAUUUCAAGUACACGGUGCUGGAGGCCAUGGUCACGAAUGCCGGGUACACGCAGGCGCAGGCUAAGGACGCGAUUGCUAUACUCUUGAGCACCGAGAACGUGUCACUCACUAACAUUGACUUUGACGAACGUACCGCCGCUGCUGCUGCCGCCGCUGCCCAUGCGGCCGCCCAAGCAGCCCAGACCACCGCAGAUGCUCGCGCCAACGUAGCUGCUCACGCCAACCACAACCUUGCCAACAUUGCCCAACUCAUCGCCCAGGGUCAACCUGCUCCGUUCUUCAAUGCGGCUGAUUUCGAUCCUCCCGACCAUGAUGAUGAGAUUGCCGAGGCAAACGCUGAGGCGAGAGCGGCGGCCACUGUGCUUAAUGAGCUCACGGCUGGCCAUCCACUGCAGCCCAGGAAUCUGACUAGAGCUCAGAAGGAGAUGCUGCUGGAGCUGGAAUGGGCCCACAGGGCUCUCAUUCAAUCUUAUGUCCUCGCCCUCAUCGACAACGCCCGAAUGAAUAGCUUUAAUGCUUUGACGACCCUCACGAUCGCCAAGAUUCCAAGUAGCCACGUCUACAUGUUCCAGAGGUCGGAUUUCUGGCAGAGUCUGCCCAACCUAACCAACGUUGCCCUUGCUGUUGUAGCCGAUUGGCGCCAGGUUUCUAAAGUCGCCCCUGGUUGCGUCGAGGACGACUUCGUCUCGCCUGUCAAGGCGGUGACCAAGGUCCACCGUCUGAUUCAGGACCACAUCGCGGCACAGUUCAACAUCAAAUUCCUCCAUUUUGAGUGGAUUUGCGGUGGCGAGUUCGCACCCGGCAUCACCCAGCGGAAUCAAUACGUGCUUCCCGCUCCGUUCUGCGACCCGAUGCAGAUGGUUCAUCCUGAAGGUGCCAAGUCGCCAGACGCCUUGCUCACUCUACCGCACAUCAGACACCUGUCGCUCAAGAACUGCUACUCGGCGCCUCACGUCUUUCUACAGGUUCUACGAACAAUGGGAUCGCAGUCUCUGGAGAAGUUGGAACUCGAAAGUGUCUCUCUCACGGGCGCGCCUACGAGAAAUCCUGGUGCCGAGAAUGCCUUUGGACCUGCACUCGUUAUUGGCCCGGCACAUGGUCCAGGCAUUGUACUUCACGGACAUGGCCAGGCUCAAGGUGCGCAAGCCGCGGGUCAGAAUCAGGCGCCUCCGUUGCCGCCGGCACCUCUUCAACCGCAAGCCAACCCGGGCUUCGGGGGUGCGCCAGGGGUUCCGGCCGGAGUGGUGAUCCCUCAGGGCCCGCUGCAUGCUCCUGGCAUCUUGCCGGCGCAUCUGGCUGGCAUGAUGAUGCAGCAACCUCUUCCGCAAAUCGCCAAUGUGGCGAACAACGCGGUGCCGCCUCCGCCUCCACCUGAUCCAAUGGCCGGCUGGGGUAGGAUGCGACUAAGACAGCCUCGACUGCUGUCUUGGGCUGGCAUCAUUGAACGUCUCGCACCGACUCCACCGAUUCAAGAGAUCAUGGUCGGUCAAGGUUUCCAGGAUGACGAAGAGGAUUGGGUGGACGAUAUUGUACGGAAAGAUGACGGAUUCUCGCUCUUGCCUCGGCCGCACAGUCUCGUCAGGGAGAAGGAGCUGCUCAGUAUCCACCACAUCUCCCUCAAGUCCUGCGGCUACGUGGUCCUGGACAUCCCGAUGGUUGACAAUCAUAGCAUCAUGCCAACCACCUCCCCGUGGCAAGAGCCUGCGGAAGUGACUGCGCGUCGCCGGGAGCUCAUGCCCUUCAUGCAGUCUUGCGGCGACAGGCUAGCGGCUAAGAUCACCAAUUACAUCAGCAACCAGGAGCACUUUAACCUCUCGACCGCCUUUGGUAUGGACACGGAGUGGACCGGUGUGUACGACGAGGAGGUUAUUGAAGCUGCAAAGAGGGAUGGCAUCGUUCACCCUGGAAGAGGACGAAUCACGGGCAUGAUUACCAAGAUGGCUGAGCAGGUUUAA